GCAAAUAAUUUUUCAAAUGCGCUACACCGAACAAAGCAACUGCCCGCAAAUGUUGUUCCCAAAAUAUGAUAAUGAAAGAUGCACGAAUAUGACAUAUAUGAGCUGAAAGAGGAUCAAGCCCGUCUUCCGAAUGGCAGAAAUCUAAACUGUAGCAAACAAUUAAAGAUUUUGCUGAAGAAACAAACCGAAGAAAUCCUAGCUUCCAUAAGCCCAAACAAAUCUGGUCAGAACGAAGUGUUAAGUUUAAAGUCAGCCCUAACACACUCGGCCAUUUAUCCAGAAGUCCAGCAGCUUGAAGAUCAGGUCGUUCAACCGCUUAAAACAGCACACAGUGAAUCUGAGACGAUUUCCAAGCGAAAAAGGCGUGUUUACGUGGCUGAGCCUUCACGUUGUGCCAGUCUUAGAUCUCGUCAGCCCGUCACAGUUGUUGUUGCUGCUGCGCCGGAGAAGUCGUUAACUCCGCCGCCGGCACAGGCAUCACCCACGCCCACAGAGGCAACAGAGGAUAAAUACAUAAAGCCAGAUCAAUUUAAGCCCGAGUUCUGGAAUCGUAUCGAGGAGGAGCCAGAGGUUAAGUCAACAGGCAAAAAGAGACGCGGCGGCGGCGGCGUCGCUUGUAGAAAUCGCAAGCGUCGCAACAGGCUCGAGAUCGAUACAAAUUUCUCGCCGGAAACGGCAGCAGCCAUUGCGGCGGCCCAGAUAGAACUCGACUCGGCAAAACCGGCAUCACGCGCCUUCCGCAAACGCAAACGCAGCAGCACCAUGUCACUCUACGAUAGACGCUACCAAACGACCAGCGAUGAGCAGCGUCGUGUGGCCAAUGGUUAUGUGGUUGGUGGCAAUGGCCUGCGAGUUGGCAAUGCAUCUGGCGGCAGCGAUGUCGAAGUUGCUGAGCUGCAGGGUCAUCAGUAUUAUGUGCCCACAGGUGGCAGCAGUUCGAGCAGCACUAGCGCUGGCGCUGCCACAGGAGUCAAUGGCAGCGGCGGAGCUGCAUUGAAUCAUGUUCCAGUGAUGGGCACACUGUGCAAUAUUGGCAAUACAUGCUAUUUGAACUCUGUUGUGUAUACGCUACGAUUUGCUCCGCAUUUCUUGCAUAAUCUACAUCAUCUCAUCCACGACUUGAAUGUGGUGCAACAGACAAUAUUACGGCAGCAUAACGCCAAGUCCGCCUCACUGGGCCGCAAUGUAAGCGGCGGCGUUCAAUUGGAGCAUGCAAGGAGCUGGAGCAGCAAGGAUCUGGCCACCACAGAGUCAUACAACAAUAGCAGCACUACCAAUGGCAGUGGCAGUGGUUCCAGCAAGUCAAGUCUCCAGUCAGUUAGCGAAAAGCUGCACGAACUUUAUCACAGCCUGCAUGGCAACGAAAUGGCCGACUCGAGUGAGCCCUAUCAUGCGGAUACAUUGCUGCAUGCCAUACAGGAUGUGAAUGCCACAUUCGAGGGCAAUCAGCAGCAGGAUGCGCACGAGUUUCUCAUGUGCGUGCUCAAUUGUAUACGUGAAACGAAUCAGUCGCUCAUCAAAGCUAUUGGCGAAUGUCCCGAAGUUAUUGCGAAUGGCUACAUUGCCAAUCCUGACGAGACAGACACAGUCGAUGCUCUGGAACGUUCUGAUGUGGGCAACCAUGCUUUGUUAAGCGCCUUUGGUAACGGAUCGAUAACAACUAGUCAAACGCAAAGUACCACAACAACAACAAAAACAUCGUUUUUCUCACGCAAAUCAAAGAGAAAAGAUGAAGUGAAAUCAUCAAAGGCGAACCGUGUGCAGUCGCCGCUAAAGGACAACAGUCCGACAACCAGCUCCGGUUCCAUGCCACCGCCGCAUGCUGCCUCCAAUAGUCUUUUCUAUUUGAAUACAGUCGAUCUCAGCGGUGCUAGCGCUGUCGCCGCCACCCCAGCUCCAGGUCCAGCUCCAGCUUCAGCUUCAGCUCCAGUGUCAUCGAACGCACCCGCAUCAGCAAAAUAUUCCAGUGAUGAUGAAAUGAAUACGGCUAGUCUGCUGAAGGAUAAGAUGCGAUUAGAGGAGCGCAUACGUGAGCUUAAUCUCAACUUCUUUAGCAGCGAUUUCGAAGGCAUUGUGGUGCUGACAACCAAGUGCCUGAGCUGUGAGACAAUUACGCGACAGAAGCAGGGCAUGCUCGACAUUUCGGUGCCUGUGCCGAUUUCAGGCUAUGAUAAUGCCGAGCUUCAGGAAAAGCCCAGCUCCUAUAUACAGAACUCGUGCAUUACGCGUGAAUAUUUUCGCGGCGAUAACAAAUACAGUUGCAACCAGUGUACUGGUUACACAGAGGCCAUACGCUCCAUUUCGUACGAAGUGCUGCCACGCCUAUUGGUCAUCCAGCUGAAUCGCUUCUCGGGCGGCAUGGAGAAGGUCAGCACGUAUGUGCCCACAACAUUUACGCUACCAUGUUUCUGUGCCAAGUGCUGCGAGCUGAGCGAUGCCAAUAAGUUGCAUGUGUAUAAACUAUAUAGUGUGAUAACGCACGUGGGCGCCACGCUGACCGUGGGUCAUUAUAUAGCGUACACAUGCUUUCUCGAUUUGGCUAGCGAUUAUAUGAACUGCCCCAAGGAUCGUCGCAACACGACAACGAGCACCCAGCAACAGCAACAUCAGUCGACAUCGGGUAGCAAUGAGAAUGCCGCACCGAGCAACAAUGGCAGCAGCAGCAUUGCAAGCACUCCCGUUUCAGCAGCUGCCUCAGCUUUGGCCUCAUCGGGUACCAGUCUUAUCAAGAAGAUGAAAUUUGGACGCAGCAAGGCCUCAAGCAGCGGCGACAUGAGCAAAAAUGUUAAGCAACUGAAUGGAUACACCAGCAAGACCAUCACAAAUGGCAUUGGGAAGCUUAGUAUGAACACCACGUGCCAUGGCGUCAAUUGUUGUGCCAUGCGUUUGUGCUGCAGUCAACAGACUGGCGGCGUGGGCAGCAACAGCGCCAGCAGCAGUGAGUUUAGCGAGGAAUCGCUGCAGAACGGAAGUAACAGCAAUCUCAGCUACGGCAGCUGUGUGGCCUAUCCCACUGGCUAUGGUAGUACGGGGCGUGGUGGCGUAAAGGCCAAUUAUGCACACAAUCAGGGAAGCACAGAGCCCAUUUGGUAUAUGUGUGAUGAUGACAAGAUCAAGGCCAUGACACAGCGAGAGUUUGAGGACCUGUUGUCACCCACGCGCAAGAUAACGAUAACACCAUAUUUGCUGUUCUAUGCACGUUUCGAUCUGCAGCCUGCGGCGGCGCAACAGACGCCAUCAAAACCGUGCGCAUCAUCGACGCCGCCACCACCAGCACCACAGAGCUCCUGGUCGAAUGAUAAUCUGCAAAGUGGAUUGCACAAGAUUUGAAAGGUUAUCGCAACAUUGCGCACGGCUAUGAAAUGUAAAACAGAAAAGCCCAAAAACAUCUAAACAUUUAUAUACGUACUGCAUAUCCUAUAAAUACGAUAAUUCGAUUAAAUAGGAAUGCUACUUAAAAGUACAGAAAUACGUAUCUAGUUAAGGUCACACGAGUGUGCGAAUAAAAUGAAGCAGAAGUCUGUUUGUUAAACAAUGUACUCGUUUAAGCUCUACCGUUUAUAUCGUUUAUCUACAUGCAUAAAAAAACUACAUUUAAUAACUAUACGAACUUGUUUAAAACUAAUUAACUAAUUUGACUGAAACCAGCCCUCAAUAUGUAAAUCCAACCAGCUUGCCAGCUUGGAAGUUAAAAAUCUUUGUAGGUUAGCGGUCCAGUUCAAAUUCUAAUAAUGAUAAUGAUCCCGACCAGGUCGAGAAAGUUUUUGUUUUUGAUUUCUCCAUACCCAACAAAACACACACACACACACAUUUUCAUACACAUAGAUAUAUUAAAUAUAUCAUUUCUAUAUUUCGCAAUAUCAUUUUGUAAAUGCACCAUAAAAAUUGCAUUUUAUCUCUGGCAUAUAUAUUUGUUAUAAGGUUGCUGCCAAUGAUUAAAAUAAAUGAAACGAACAGAUUAACAGAUAUUUAUGAACACGAAUUUAACACGUUAAGAACGCUAUUAAACAAUUGUUUGCGCUAUCGCCUCAAAAAUCUUUAACAAAAUAUCAACUUACACACACACGAUUUCGAUAUACAAUAAAUGUAAACUACCAUUAUGAAAAGGAGGAGCUCAAAUCAGCUAUAAUUAAGCUGAAACAUCACAUAGUAUUCAAUUAUAAGCAUACUUCCACAAAACAAUAUUUAAAAGUAAAGAAUAAAAGGUAAAUAAAACAAUUGACAAUUAACAAAGCUCAGUAUGAAAACAUCUCUUUUCAAGAAAAUUUAAAUAUUUUGUUCAUAAACAUAAAAACAAACAUUCAUGCAUACAUAUAUACACAUUCGUACGUACAUAUUUAAAUAGAUAUCAAUGCAUCUGGACAUACUGAACAGUACUAUGUAGAUAUAUAGGAUCAUGCAUAUGUAUAUCAAGUGUUAAAUAGUUGUUACGAGUAAAAAGAAGCCUUUCUAAUUAGAGUCAACUCUUUGAAGGCGUUUGAGUAUAACAAUAACAACAACAAAAUCAACAACAAUAUCAUCCAGAAUACAUAUACACAGACUUAAUGAAAACCAAUCAGUGAAUUGUUAUACAUAUUUAAUGAAAUAGUUUAUAUUGAUGUUUUCAAAUAAAAUAAUGAAACUUCGUGCAUGUAAACCACUCACAAACGCAAAUUCACACACACACACAUACGAUAAUUGUAAUAAAUAUUAAAAAUUAAAGAUAAUAAUUGUACACUACUUUAUGCAAUCUGUUUAAAAAUUUAGUUAACAAUUAAGAUUUUUGUUUCAGGAGCGCUGCUUUAGUGAUAUUAACAUUUACAAAUAUAUAAACACAUACAUACCCACA